AUGGCCUCCGUCACCCUCGAUGCCGGCGUAGGAGCAGGUCGCUUCUCUGGAUUGGGCAACCACAAUUUCGAUGCUGUCCACACCGGUUCCUCAAAUGAUGGCCUGUACAAGACCCUCGCUCGCCCGCUCGUCCACUCGGUGCUCAGCGGCUUCAAUGCUCUCAUCUUCGCGUACGGUCAGACAGCCUCAGGCAAGACGUUCACAUUGUCUGGCGACGAGAAGUCUGGUACGGAGGGAAUCACGCAGAAGGCGAUCAAGGACCUCUUCCGCGGCAUUCGUGCAUCCAAGAGGGAGCGCGAGUGGCUUGUUCGCUGCAGCUGGCUCGAAGUGUACAACGAAGGCGUGAAAGACCUGCUUGAGCCGACAAAUGUACCCCAGGUGCGAUCUUCAACGACUCGCGGCACUUUCGUAUCGCCCCUCUCGGAGAUUAUCGUCACCUCACCACAAGCCGUCUACGCACUUCUUGAGCAAGGCCAAGCCAACCGACACGUCAACGCCACUGACUGGAACGAGAAGUCUAGUCGCAGUCAUACUGCGUUCAAAAUCGUCGUGGAGAGCUGGGCACGCGGUGCAGACGAGGCGGCGUCGUCGGGAGACAAGAAGAAGGUUCGCAUCUCAGAGCUGGUGCUCGUCGACUUGGCGGGAUCAGAAAAGUACGUCACGCAAGGCGGCAAGGAGCGAAGAGCGGAGGGAGCAAACAUCAACAAAAGUCUGCUCACACUGGGAAAGGUCAUUUACGCCCUUUCGGAGCGCACAAACGAGGACGAGGCAAAUGCUACGCCUGGCGGGGGAGCAGGAAUGCACAUUCCCUACCGCGACUCGAAGCUCACUCGCAUUCUCCAAUCCUCUCUGAGCGGCAACUCCAAGAUUGCCGUCGUGGCUACCCUCAACCAGUCAGUCGGAGCACUCGAAGAGUCCCUCUCGACGAUCAACUUCGCCAAGCGCAUCAAGCGUGUGCGCCUCUCUGCCAAGCUAAACGAGGUGGAUGCGCCUGAGCUCAUGAGUCAGGAGACACAAGCCUUGAUCGUAAAGUAUCGCUCUGAA